UUAUUUUUUGUAUAGCUAACUGCUUUGAUAAAAACCUCUGAACCUCUCCAUUCCUCAUCCACUCGCGCUCAGAAACGAGCCAUGGCAAUACUUUCACUGCCACUGGUAACAUCCAUUUUCAAAACGACGCCCGACAAGGCUCGGCUAUGCCUCACUGGCCGGAGGGUUAAUUUGUCCCUCUUUUUCCGGAGAAGGCACUUCUCCACCACCCCCGGGAGCAUAACUUCGCUUGCUUCGACGGCCGUGGAGCAGGACUGCGUGAGAUCGUCUUCGUCCUCGGUCCUCACUUUCCAACAAGCCAUUCAAAGACUCCAGGAAUAUUGGGCUUCAGUAGGGUGUGCUGUGAUGCAAUGCAGCAACACUGAGGUUGGAGCUGGAACAAUGAACCCUCUUACAUUUCUAAGGGUUCUUGGUCCAGAACCGUGGAAUGUUGCCUAUGUUGAACCUAGUAUUCGACCUGAUGAUAGUCGUUAUGGGGAAAAUCCAAAUAGACUUCAAAGGCACACACAAUUUCAGGUGAUAUUGAAGCCUGACCCUGGAAAUUCACAGGACUUAUUCAUUCGGAGUUUAUCAGCCUUAGGAAUUAAUGUAAAUGACCACGAUAUUCGUUUUGUCGAGGACAAUUGGGAAAGCCCGGUCUUAGGUGCCUGGGGCUUGGGCUGGGAAAUUUGGAUGGAUGGGAUGGAGAUUACUCAAUUCACCUACUUCCAGCAGGCUGGAAGUCUUCAGUUGAUGCCUAUUUCAGUUGAGAUUACAUACGGUCUUGAACGGAUUCUUAUGUUGCUUCAGGGAGUUGAUCAUUUCAAGAAAAUUCAAUAUGCUGAUGGGAUAACAUAUGGAGAACUCUUUCUGGAAAACGAGAAGGAAAUGAGUGCAUAUUAUUUGGAGCAUGCCAGCGUUGAUCACAUUCAUAAUCAUUUUGAUCUGUUUGAGGCUGAAGCUCGUCGUCUGCUUGACUCGGGCCUUGCAAUUCCUGCUGACAUGCACCUCUCUGUUUCCUUUCAUGUUAGGUAUGAUCAGCUUUUGAAGACAUCUCAUGCCUUCAACGUCUUGGAUUCCAGAGGAUUUGUAGGGGUAACCGAACGUGCCCGCUAUUUCGGCCGUAUGCGUAGUUUAGCCCGUCAAUGUGCACAGCUAUGGUUGAAGACAAGAGAAUCUCUUGGGCACCCCUUGGGUGUUGCUUCUCAUUCCAAUCACCUUAACUUUCAGAAAGAAGACAUAGAAGACCUGAAGAAAAAGGUUUCUGCAGAACCUCGGGCUUUUAUUCUGGAAAUUGGCGUGGAGGAGUUACCCGCAAAUGAUCUGCUCAAAGAUUUAGUCGAGCAGUUGCUGGAGAAACUAAGACUGAGUCAUGGAAAUGUGCAAGUAUAUGGAACACCACGUAGGCUUGUGGUUAGUGUCGGCAACCUAUGUUACAAGCAGGUGGCAAAUCAAGUUGAGGUUCGGGGACCUCCAGCAUCAAAGGCAUUUGAUCAGCAGGGAAAUCCUACUAAGGCAUCUGAAGGCUUUUGCUGCAGAAAUGGUGUGCCUUUGAGCUCAUUGUACAGAAAAAUUGAAGGUAAAACAGAAUACGUGUAUGUUAGUGCGGUGGAGCCAUCACGGCUUGCUUUAGAGGUUUUAUCCGAUGAGUUACCUGCAGUACUUGGUAAAAUAUCUUUCUCGAAGUCGAUGCGGUGGAACUCUGAGUUCUUAUCUAAGUUUUGUAACAGUGGUGAUGUUACUCACGGGCUAAGGAACACUUCAUCAGCCACUAUUGAGGUUAGAAAUGCAGAGUCUUACACUGAUGUGAUGCAGAAUGCUGGAAUCGCCAUCGAUAUUGAGGAACGGAAGAAUAAAAUCUUGGAGAAGUCUAAUUCUGUCGUAAAAAGUAUUAAUGGUUCUACUGUAUUUCAGAGUGGUUUACUUGAUGAGGUUGUAAAUCUUGUUGAAGCACCUCAUCCUGUUCUUGGAAAGUUCAGUGAGACCUUCCUCGAGCUUCCAAAAGACCUGCUAAUAAUGGUCAUGCAAAAGCAUCAGAAGUAUUUUGCAGUAACUGAUCAGGAUGGAAUGUUAUUGCCACAUUUUAUUGCUGUUGCAAAUGGAGCAAUUAAUGAAAAGGUUGUGAGGAAAGGAAAUGAAGCUGUACUCAGAGCUCGAUAUGAAGAUGCAAAGUUCUUCUAUGAGUUGGACACAAGCAAGAGAUUCUCUGAAUUUCGAAAUCAAUUGAAGGGGAUCUUAUUCCAUGAAAAGCUAGGAACAAUGCUGGACAAGAUGACACGUGUCCAGAGUCUGGUUACUAUAGUAGGAUCGAAACUGGGAAUGACUGAGGACAUCCUCAAGGUCAUUGAGGCGGCUGCAUCAUUAGCCAUGUCAGAUCUUUCAUCUGCAGUUGUUACCGAAUUUACUUCCCUUGCUGGGGUAAUGGGCCGUCACUAUGCCCUAAGAGAUGGCUACUCUGAGCUGAUUCUUCAUCAGCUCUCAUCUAGUCAAUCUACUUCAGUUCUUAGAGAUAGGAAAGAUGUGCUUGACACUGAAGUUUCUGAGGCAUUAUUUGAGAUUACACUUCCUCGAUUUUCGGGAGACAUGCUUCCAAAAACUGGUGCUGGAACAGUAUUGGCAAUAUCUGACAGGUUGGAAAGCCUUGUCGGGUUGUUUGCUGCUGGUUGUCAGCCAAGCUCUGCAAAUGAUCCCUUCGGUCUGCGAAGAAUCUCAUACGGUCUGGUGCAAUUGUUAGUAGACACCAAUAGGAAUUUGGAGCUGAGGUAUGCUUUGGAGCUUGCUGCUGCUGUUCAGCCCAUAAAAGUAGAAUCACAAACAAUAGAUGAUGCACAUCAAUUUGUAACAAGAAGACUUGAGCAGCUUUUGAUGGACAAAGGAAUAAGUCCAGAAGUUGUUCGCGCUGUCCUCGCCGAACGUGCAAAUUGGCCUUGUCUUGCUGCCAAGUCUGCACAUAAAAUGCACACCUUAUCCAAAGGUGAUCUGCUGCCUAAAAUUAUCGAGGCAUACUCUCGUCCAACAAGGAUUGUUCGUGGCAAGGAUGUUACUGAUGGUUUGAAGGUGGAUGAGACAGCUUUUGAAACAGUUGAAGAGAGAGCUUUAUGGAGCACAUUUACAUCAUUGAGGAGUAAAAUUCAUCCUGACAUGGAGGUCGAUGAUUUUGUUGAAGCAUCGUUUGAUUUAAUACAGCCACUGGAGGAUUUCUUCAACAAUGUUUUUGUUAUGGUGGAAGAUGAAAGGAUCAGAAAGAACAGGCUUGGACUACUACGAAAAAUAUCCGAUCUUCCAAAGGGAAUAAAGUAUGGCACUAUUACUGACGAGAGCGCAAGAAGGUGUCAAUGUCAGUACACCGUCCAAGAAAUUGUGAAGAACCUUACCCAGAGAACCAGAAUGUACUUGCAGUUUGAAGUACUAGGCUCAAGCAGUGUUUUAAAAAGUGCUAGGCUCCAAUCAAGUGAAGAUUGGGUCUUGACCACUAUGAAGUGUAUGAAUGGGCUAAAGGGUGUGCAUGAUGAGCGGACAAGGGACAACCCUUAUGGGACUUUUUCUUAUUUAAAGAUUGUACUA